GGAUCUGGUAGUGAGCUGAUUCUUCAUUUAUUUUCUUGAUAAGGCUUGAAAAGGAGGGAGCUUUCUCCACAGGCUUUAAAGCUUCUCUUCGGGAUGAGCUUUGGAAGAGGGUCCCUGACUCAAUCUUGGGUCAUGUGGAGUCCAGUUGGCAUCUCCAGAUUCACAUUUCUUUUCCUCAGAGUGCAUGUAACUUUCCUCUCACCCCCAAACUUCCAAGGUUUUCUCUGCAUUUCUGAUCUCUGAUUCCAUUCAUCUCAGUCUUGUGGGUUGGGUUUGUUUUUUUCCCUCCUUGCUGUCUCUCUCCUGCACAGUGUUUGUUCUCUUGUUCUUCUGCUCUUGUGGUUUCAUGCCUGCCACACGUGUGAGGGAGCUGGGUGGGGUGCAGGCAGGUUUGGUGGUGAGGUUGGCACCAGCUUGUGGCCUCAUUGUAAGUGUGAUUCCUGUUCAUGGGUGAAAAGCAAGUGUUAUAAAUACUGCGUGGAACCAGGGCUGGAAAAAAUGCACAGAAAGAAGAGGCUUUUUGUGCAGUUGAGGCAGUGACACGAGGGGAAAACAAUUUCAUAACUUCCUCUGUCCUCUGGGUGGUUUUUUGCUUGGGUUUUUCUUUUUUCAGUCCAACAGUGAAGUCCCUUCUCUUUUUUUUUUUUUUCUUUUUUUAUUCUUGUUCUUCUUUUUUGCUCCUCUUUUGUUUUUAAUGCUUCUGCCUUGGACUCAGGGCCUAAACCAGGCCCAUGGAAGUGGAUGGGAUUCUCUUGGCAUCCAUCUGUGGAUCCAGUUGGUUGUUUUCCCCCUUUUCCCUCUCUGCACAGCACAGGGCUGGGGUCCUUUGCAGCCCAUGCACCCUCCUGACAUCUCUCCUUCUCUCACCACCACAGGGGGUAAGGGAGAAAGCUGGAUUCAGCUGCCAGGGAGUGCAUUUUUCUAGCCCUGAGCAUCAACACUUCAGCUCCUUAGCUACUCCUUGAAUAUUCUUCCUUUUUUUUUUUUCUUCUUUCCCUCCCUCCCCAGAUGGGUGACCUCCAGCUCUGUAAGCUCGAUGAACUCGAUUGCCUUAUUAAAGGAGUUCUGUACAUCGAUUCAGUUGGGUUCAAUGGGCAUUCAGAGUGCUACUAUUUUGAAAACCCAACGGAUGCUGAGAGGUGUCAGAAGCUCCCCUUCAACUUGGAGAAUCCCUACCCUCUCCUUUUGGUCAACAUUGGCUCAGGGGUCAGCAUUCUGGCUGUGUAUUCAAAAGAAAACUAUAAACGGGUAACAGGCACCAGCCUUGGAGGAGGAACUUUUUUUGGUCUCUGCUGCCUCCUCACUGGUUGUUCCACCUUUGAAGAAGCCCUGGAGAUGGCAUCCCAUGGGGACAGCACCAAGGUGGACAAACUGGUGCGGGACAUUUAUGGAGGAGACUACGAGAGGUUUGGGUUGCCAGGCUGGGCUGUAGCAUCCAGCUUUGGAAACAUGAUGAGCAAGGAGAAACGGGAAUCUGUCAGCAAAGAGGACCUGGCCAAGGCUACUUUAAUAACCAUCACCAACAACAUUGGCUCCAUAGCAAGGAUGUGUGCACUUAAUGAGAACAUCAAUCGAGUGGUGUUUGUUGGCAAUUUCCUUCGGAUCAACACCAUCUCCAUGAGGCUUCUGGCAUAUGCUUUGGACUACUGGUCAAAGGGACAGCUAAAAGCACUUUUCUUGGAACAUGAGGGUUAUUUUGGUGCAGUUGGGGCUCUCCUGGGACUCCUGGAUUCAGCCUGACCCAGAGCAGAUUCUCCAGGUGGAACCAACAGUGUUGGGGCACUUCUGGGGUCACUAAGCCCACAUCCCCCUGACUCUUAAACUGAUUGUGGGGGAGCUGCCCAGGAGAGGAGAGGAUUGCUGCCUCCCUGCCUGGGAGGAGCUGAAACCCAACCACCCAGGUUUGUUCCAGAGGUGACACAGAGCCACUGCCAUCAACCAGCGUGGCUUAGGUGACCUUCCCAACGUCUGAUGGUGGUGGCAUCACAGAGGACAAUGCUCUCUGUCCCCUCCCUUGGAAUUCAGGCCAGAGCUCAGCUGCAGCCCUUUUAUGCCUGGAAAAGGAGAAGCCUCGUGGUGGCUUGGAUAUUAUCUGUGAAGGGGACAGAAGAUGAGGGUGUGGAACCCUCCAGAGCGUGGCUGUCCCCAAAGACCCCUCUGGUGGCCUCUCCCCCCCCUUCCUGCUGCCACUUCAUUAUCUCUGUGUGCAGGGGGUGGGAGACAGAAGGUCCAGCACAGCUCCUGCCUCUUGGGUCCACCUCUAACACUCCAGCUGAGGUGACUCUGCCAGCUCUGCCCUUCAGAUCUGCUCGCAGCAAGUUUGAAGAUGAAAGUGCUUCUAUUUUCUUUGUUUUUCUUUCUGUUUGUUUGUUUGUUUUUGCUGUCUUGUAAAAACUGCAUCUAACUAUACCAAAGAGCUCACUUCUUCUUUCACUCUCGGGAUCUGCUCUGUAAUGUUCCACUUUAUGUUGAUAAAUUGUUAAAGCAGCAGUUUUUGGGGGAAAUGGCUCCUUCCCACGUGCAUGUUCUCCUCUCCUCUCUCUGGGAGCUGGAUGCCAGAGGACAGGCAAGAGGGGGGACCCCUGCACUGGGCUCAGGAUGGGGGUGAACAAAACAUUCUCUCAAAAAGCAGCAGAAAUAACACCGUGGAAAGCUGAAAACACAACAGCAGCCUGCGCAGGGUUUGUGCCCUACCAACCUCCCUCCUUCCUGCCUCUUGCUCUGCUCCUCACAGAAAUCCUUCCCUCACCUUAGGAGUGGUGAAGGGAGCAGCAUCCUGGUGUUCUCCAGCCUGUCCCAGCAGCACCAGUUCUUUAGGUGGAACCAGACUGGGUCACAGGUGUGCUGAGGACUCCUCUGUACCUUCCCCCCACGGUGUGAGCUCCACGGAGAUGUUGCUUUUCCAGCAGUGGGAUUUCCAGCACCACCUCAGGGUGGGUUGGCAGUGAGGACAGCACAGCAGCCCCAGUUCUGAGCACUCCUGAGGGUCACUGUGGCACCUCCCUCUUAGGGAAGGGAAGAAAUGAGGAAUUCAUGCUCACUGCUAAAUGAGAUCCCCUGGGACAUUCCCAUCUAUCAGCUCUGCUUGAAGGCAUUUUCCAAACUGGGAAUUGCCUGAAUCCAUCCAGGGAGUUGACAACAAUGAAAAGAGAGGAAACAAAGCCAGGAGUGUUCCCAGGAGAGGUGUCUAUGUGCCAGGGGGUGUUGGUGCUUGUCCUGCCCUACAGCCCAGCUUCCUGGGGUGUCCUGCUGGGUGUUCCCUGGUGCUGGUAGUGGUCAGGGGGUUGAGCAGGAUCCUGUGGGGUCACAGUGGGGUUUGGGUGAGAAGGGAACCUACAAAACCAUCCAAUUCCAACCUCUGCCAUGGGCAGGGACACCUCCCACCAGCCCAGGGUGCUCCAAGCCCCAUCCAACCUUCAACACUGCCAGGGAUGGGGCAGCCACAGCUUCUGGGGGCAACCUGGUUGGGAUGUGUUGCAGCUGAGCCCUCCUUUGCUCUUCAUUUCUUGUGGGAUCACCCAAAAGGUUCUCCAAACAGGAAUAUUAAAGCCAACUCCACUUUGGAAUCACUGGAAGUUUUCCUGAUGUGACUUUUAGCUCUCCCAUACAAAAGGUAACACAGAGCAUUUAACCCUUUCAGCCAGGGCAAAACUCAGGCUCUGGUUUGACUCCUGGAAAAUUCCAAACAAACUUUGGGGUUGGAAAUGUCCUUUUCCCCAGACCUGCUUUGCCCCAUGAGCUUGAAUCAGUCCUGAAGGGACCAGAGGGGUGUGGGGAGGAGGUGUAAACCCCCCCUGACUCCUUCCAACACACAGGAGGUGAUUUUAGUUCAUUAAUAACGGGAUCCCUUGGGAGCUGAAGAACAAAUGGAGGGAAGAAUCCUCCUGGAAAUGGUUUGUUGGGUGGAGGGAAGAGCUGAGGAGCCUCUGCAGCAACCUCAGUGUCCCUUGGAGCAGCAUCCCAUGGGAUUCCUGCUCUUCCUUUUGUGUCUCAAGUCCUUUUCCUGUGGAUUUUGAGUAGAUCCAGUGUGGUCCUGACAGCCAGCACCAAACUCCCAGGUGCACUGCAUGCAGAUUAUUUUUUUUUUUUUUGUAAAUUGUGGGGUUUUCCCUUCUUGUAAUAAAGUUCUACAGUUAUUUUUACAUA